CAGUGAUCUACCAUGACUUCACAGGUACUCAAAUUGAGGACUUAUCCUAUAAGGCUAAUAACACCAAACUACUAGCCAAGAAAAGCAUACCACAGCAGGAAUUCGCUGGUCAUACUCAUCUGUGUCUUAUGCACAGGCAAUACCCCGCACCUAGAGAGCUGACCCAAAUUCGAGCCCUUGGAGAAACUAGCACCGGCCCUGGAGCAACAUGGACAACGUUUGAAUGGCGAGAUUCACAUCAAACAAGAGUCUCUCCAAAGCAAACCGCAAGCCUAUCGUUCUGUCUUUGCCAAGGCGUCUGGGUCGCUGCAGAUUCCGUCCGCUGGGCUUCACUUUUCCAAAGAACUGCUGGGCCAGGCCACCGCAGAGGGAGGGGAAAUCGCCCAUAUUACACUGCACGUCGGGCGACGGAGAUCUUCCUGGCUCGUCACAUCAACCAGGGAGACGUGGCGAACCACAAAGUCCAAUCUGAAUACUUUGAUUUUGGAGAAAAGGCUGCGGCGCAGAUCAACCAGGCCCGCGCAGAGGGACGCCUCGUGAUCGCCAUUGGCACGACUGUCAUUCGCAUUCUUGAGCCUGUUGGCAGAAAUGAUAACCCCGGAGGUGCUGUGACCCCCCAGGAGGGAUGGACGGGUCUCUAUAUCUAUCCUGGGUUUGAGUUCAAGGUUGCAGACAUGCUGCUCACCAAUCUUCAUGCGCCGCGCUCCACACAUCUUGUGCUUGCAGCGGCCUUUGCGAGCAAAGAUCUGCUGAAGCGCAGCUACGACGAGAUUGUUGAAAAUGGUGGAUAUGAGUUUAAUAUGUUCGGUGAUAAGAUGCUGAUUUUCUAGCUCAAUUGACACCUGGGACGCUUGCAUAUAUUAACUGUCUGCAAGAGAAUAGCUAGAAUCACCUGGCAGGGAGCCAAGUACCAGUUAAAUAAAAUAUACUCAUGAUUAGGUCUAUGUGGCCGUUCUGUCUACUUUUCCCAAGCGAGCGUCGUGUUCCUGAACAGUUACACUUGGACAAUCUCAGAUAAUAGAAAACAAUCUGACAAAUAUAAAUGAAGUCAUCCGCAUCCAGGUGUACAUACAGGACUAGGGUGUUAAGUAAACAGCUAGCUGAUUCUAUAUCAGAACAAUGACAUUAUAUUGAUCAGAUAAACCAUGUCACUGUCCCAUCCCGGUUAAAUAGUCUCCUAGCUGUUUGGUCACACUUGCAGCCGCCUCAU